AUAUAUAUAUAACAUGACGUCGUUUUAAUGUAAGCUGGAAACCCUAACGCUAAAAGGCGCGGCACCUUCCUCUUCCGCUUACUUUCUGCCUGGUGCUUUCCUGAGCCGCAGUGUCCCCUCUCUCUCGCUUCCCUCUCUAUCGCCGCCGAUCUGAUGGCUCCGAAGAAGGACAAGGCUCCUCCACCAUCCUCCAAGCCCGCCAAAUCUGGCGGUGGCAAGCAGAAGAAGAAGAAGUGGAGCAAGGGAAAGCAAAAGGAAAAGGUGAACAACAUGGUGCUCUUCGACCAGGCCACCUAUGACAAGCUUCUAUCUGAGGCACCCAAGUACAAGCUCAUUACUCCCUCUAUCCUUUCCGAUCGUUUGAGGAUUAGUGGGUCACUUGCAAGGAAGGCAAUAAGGGAAUUGAUGGCAAGAGGUUUGAUCAGGAUGGUAUCUGCCCAUGCAAGCCAGCAGAUUUACACAAGGGCAACAAACACUUAAAUGAAUGUCUUAUUGUCCAUGCCUUAUUUAGUUUUUUGUAUUGCUGAGUUUGACUGCAUUUAUAAUCUCUAUUACGAAGUUACUUGUUAUCUUAGAGCGUGUUAGGUUCAUCGUAGACCAUUUGUCACUUUUUUUGUUUAAUGGAUUAUUUUUGGAUGCAUUGGAAAUGAAUGAUGAUUUUUGAGUUC